GUUGGGUGCUUUUUGCAUUUCAUUUCAACUGUCGACCGAGCAGGGUGUGCAUUACCAUCGUCGUGAGCAUUCCCUCGAGCGCAAAGUGCAAUCGCUUGGGAGAUUUGAGAUUACUUCCAAUACGUUACUUCCCCUAAGUAGUGUGCGGUGGUUGAGUGAGGUAUCGGGAAAAAGUGCCCCAUAACAAAAGUGAGCAUAAAACUUGCAGCAAGUGAAUCGGUGCGGGUUUCGCCUAGCAACAUUUGCAGGAAGUUUUCGCCGAGCAGCAGCAGCAGUGAGACACAUCAGUGUGUGUCAGCGUGCGUACGUACGUAGUGUGUUGUAUGAGUGUGUUGUGUGUGUGUGCGUGCGUGUGUUGGAUGCGUGCUAUAGCCGUGCUGGAAGCUUGAAGUGGAGCGUGUAAACGGCAGUGCAAGCGAGAAGAUCUUGUUGACUAUUCAUCUCACACAUUCCCUGUCAAAAAAGCAUUAGAAGGGCCAGAGUAGGCCAUCUACAGUGCAGUACCUACAGGACGAAACGUGCGGGGUUACCACCAGUCGGUAUCAAAAGUGUCGUAAACACGCUGACGAUAAUAUAAGAGCACCAACCAGCCUCCUCUCUAACGACGGAAUCCUUACCCGUGCCGGUGUAUUGUGGUCAGAUACAGCAAGAAAAGCCCCAAGUGUCGUCCCCCCCAGUGUGUGUUCUCAGUGCUCAAAAUGCGUGAAUAUAAAAUCGUCGUGCUUGGUAGCGGAGGUGUCGGCAAAUCGGCCCUGACAGUGCAGUUUGUCCAGGGCAUAUUUGUGGAAAAGUACGACCCGACGAUAGAGGACAGCUACCGGAAACAGGUCGAGGUGGACGGUCAGCAAUGCAUGUUGGAAAUUUUGGACACGGCCGGCACAGAACAAUUCACCGCCAUGCGAGACCUGUACAUGAAAAAUGGCCAAGGAUUCGUGCUAGUAUAUUCCAUCACUGCACAGUCGACCUUCAACGAUCUGCAGGACCUUCGAGAGCAAAUUUUGAGGGUGAAGGACACCGAUGACGUUCCAAUGGUGCUGGUCGGCAACAAAUGCGAUCUCGAGGACGAGCGAGUUGUGGGCAAAGAUUUGGGCAGGAGUCUAGCCGCGCAGUUCAAUUGUGCAUUCAUGGAAACGUCUGCCAAAGCCAAAAUUAAUGUUAACGACAUCUUCUAUGACUUAGUGCAACAAAUCAACAAGAAAUCGCCCGAACGGAAGCCCAAUAAAAAGAAGAAAUCGCUAUGUGUGCUGCUGUAAAAAGAUCUACUUAGGCAAGGGAAGGGUCAAGAAGCUGAUGGACACAAGCAAAAUCGCUCACACUCACACAAAUCCACACACACACACACGCAGCCGCAUAAGAACAAUCCAUAGGAAUCGAACGUGGGGGAUCUGCGUGGGGUGUGGUGUGUUGCUGAGGUGAGAUAUGUUAGAUGUGCUGCAAAGGAUUUAAAACAACAAAAUAAUAAAAGGUAGGCAGAAAUGAAGAGUAAGAAAGAAAGAUAAUCAACGUGUUAGGAGGAGAUUUGGAGGAAAAGGACAUGGCAAGGGUACAUUGUAUGUGCGUGUGCACCAGAUGAGAUAAGAGGAGCUAUGGGGCUCGAUCCACACUAUGGCGAAAAUAAUUAGGAAGUUUAAGGACGGAUGAGAAGAGCAGUUAGAGUGGUAGAUAUGGACACAAACAAUUGACAUACAUACACAUACACUCUCCCGAAAUAUACAUAAAAACACACAAACAAAACACUAAAAACACACAAACAAAACACUAGACGAACUCAAAAAAGCAGACGCUACGAAGGACGGAGAGUAGGGAAAGCGAAGAAGGAUAAAAAAAUGUAGUACGCACGACAAUGAGGAUCUUUUGGUAGAGAGAGAGAGUGUUAGCGUUAAUUUAAGGGAUCAUCCGCGCAGAGCAAACACAUCCUCGCUUGAUCAUAUUCAUGUGGAGAAAAGAGGAGGUGGACAAAUAGGUUCAAGAACAUAACGACUAAGCAUAUAACGUUUACACACAUUAACCGGACAAGAGAAGCAAUCCCAACACCACCGUAGUACCGGACCGUACACUGUCGAAGCAUUGAUCGACUGGAGUUUUUCAUCGUGACGCUGAAACAGAGGAAAGCAGCAAAAGUACGGUUAACAAACAAAUCAAGAUAAAACAGUCUAUUACGGGAAGAAAUACAUUGACACACACACACUGAAACAACUCACUGUGAAGGUUUGGUUCUUCGGUGAGAACAAACUUUCAUUUGCGGGAAGAUGGAGGGUUAUCGACGAUCGUAUGUGCCGGCUCCUCCACACACCGGUGUAUCCAUAUCCGUAGUUCUUCUCUUCCGGCAGAAUGCCGAUUCGGCCCUCACCACUGUUAGAAUACACAAGAAUUGUUGCAAUAGAGGACACAGGACGAAAACACAAAAUAACAAGCAAACGGAAUACGCUGAUCGACCGCGAAAUGUGAAUGUUGAGUAAAAGAAAAACAGUCUACCUUAUA